AUGGACGGCUCCCGUGCUGCUGCCGCCGCUGUCCCUGGCGGCGGGCGGCCGUGGGGCGACGGCGACGACGGAGGAGCAGGACGAGCGGCUGCGGCGGCGGAGGACGACGAGGGCGGCGAGGUGAGCCUGCGGGAGUGGCUGGACCGCCCGGGCCGCGCGGUGGAGGCGCCCGAGUGCCUGCACGUCUUCCGCCAGGUGGCCGAGGCCGUCUCCGUCGCCCACGCGCAGGGCGUCGCCGUCGGAAGCGCGCGCCCGUCCUGCUUCGUCGUCUCCCCGCCCUUCGCGCGCGUCGCCUUCAUCGAGUCCGCCUCCGGAUCAGACGCCUCCGGCUCCGACGCGUCAGAGGACGGCGCAGACCACGACGCCCACGACGCCGACGCGCAGCCGCCGCGCCGACCUAACAGCAACAACAACGGCGCGGCGGGAGCACGGGACGGCCACAAGGGCUUCCCGCUCAAGACCGUGCUGGCCAUGGAGCUCAACUGGUACACCAGCCCCGAGGAGGCCGACGACGGCCCCGGCGGCGCCACCUUCGCGUCCGACGUCUACAGACUAGGCGUGCUCCUCUUCGAGCUCUUCUGCAGCUUCGAGACCUUGGAGGAGAAGAUGCGGGCCAUGGCCAACCUGCGCUACCGCGUGCUCCCGCCGCAGCUGCUGCUCAGGUGGCCCAAGGAAGCUUCCUUCUGCCAGCUCAUGAUGCAUCCCGUGCCGGACACCAGACCCAAGAUGAGUGAGGUGCUACAAAGUGAGUUCCUCAAUCAAUCGAGGAAUAGUCUGGAAGAGCGUGAGGCAGCACUUCGGUUACGCGAAGAGAUAGAAGAACAAGAACUGCUGUUGGAUUUUCUUCUCCAGUUGCAGAAAAGAAAGCAGGAUAUAGCAGACAAUUUGCAGGACACUGUUGCCUUCCUCUCUUCUGACAUUAAUGAGGCAGUACACCAGCAGUCAGCUCUCGGCCAGUGUGGAAACUUCUCGAUUGAGUUGGAUAAAGAGGUAUCCUCUGGAACUGUUGAGGAUCAGAGUGACUGUGGAUCCAGAAAGCGUUUCAGACCUGAACUGCUUGCUGUUGAUAUGGAGGAACACAAUCGUAGUAUGGAAGAAUGUUCCAGGACAGUGCCAUCAUCUGUGGUAAUCCAAGAAAGUGUGUUGUCAAAAAGCUCCAGGUUAAUGAAAAACUUCAAAAGACUUGAAACAGCAUAUUUUGCAACAAGAUCCAAGUUUUCAAGGCAAGUUGGCAAUCCAGUAAGUAGUCGUGAUCAAGUUGUCAAGAGGACUACCGGGUCAGCUGUUGGGACCGAGGGUAGUUCAAUAGAUGAUUUUGCUUUGGAAGGGUAUUCUGGUAGAAGGCAAAGAGGUUGGAUGAACUCUUUUCUUGAAGGAUUGUGCAGGUACCUGUCGUUCAGUCAGUUGAAAGUUCGGGCUGAACUGAAGCAAUGUGAUCUGAUGAACUCAUCAAAUUUAGUAUGCUCUGUAGGCUUUGACCGGGAUAAGGAGUUUUUUGCAACUGCUGGUGUAAAUAAGAAGAUAAAAGUGUUUGAAUAUAAUAUGAUCGUAAAUGAGCACCGUGAUAUUCACUAUCCUGUGGUUGAGAUGCCUAAUAGAUCAAAACUAAGUUGUAUUUGCUGGAACAGUUACAUGAAGAGUCAUAUAGCAUCUAGUGACUUUGAUGGUCUUGUACAGGUUUGGGAUGUUACUAGGAGCCAAGUUUUUGUUGAAAUGAGGGAGCAUGAGAGGCGUGUUUGGUCGGUAGACUUCUCACUUGCAGACCCAACCAAAUUGGUCAGUGGGAGUGAUGACGGUUCAGUGAAGCUGUGGAGUAUGAAUCAGGCAAUUCUAUUCUUACACCUGCUGUAUGUCAGCUUUUGA